ACGUCACUCCUUCAUUUAUUAACUAACAACCAAUUAACAAAAUAACUGUAACAAAAACAGUAAAACCAUGAGGUUUACUAGAGCGUGACGUUUACGUGAGAAUUCCGAUUGAAUAAUAUGGCUUCAUACUCAUUUGUUGUACUAUUUACGAUCUUACAUCUAUCUUUAUCCUUUCAACCUCUGAGCAAGGAACAACACAUCGAAAAAUUCAAUAAAAUUAGCGAAGAUGUCGAGCCGUUCAGGAGGAAUUUAACAGAAUGCGCGCAUCAAGUGAAAGCAUCGAUGGUUGACGUUGAAAACUUUUUAAAAAGGAUUCCCCAAUCUACAAUGCAGGGUAAGUGCUUUGUAGCAUGCAUUUUGAAGCGCAAUUCCAUAAUUGUAAAAAAUAAAGUCGUCAAGGAGAACCUUCUAGAAGCGAAUAAAGCCGUGUAUGGAGAAGACAGUGAAGUUAUGUCUAGAUUGAAAAUGGCUAUAGCGGAGUGUAGCGAUGUAGUUGAGGGGAUUUUUGAAAUUUGCGAAUACGCCUCUGUUUUUAACGACUGCAUGCAUAUGAAAAUGGAACAUGUGUUGGAUAAGGUCACAAUGGAAAGGCGUAUGGAGGCGCUUGGACAAAUGACAUCCGACCCUGAUAUUUGGACUGAGGAGGACGAUGAAAUGCUAAAGCUAGUUAAGGAUGAAUUAUAAUGCUACGGGACAAGGUUCCAUAGGUACCUAAUUAUAGAGGAAGAGAAUUGUAGAAAUUGAUUUAUUCUCAAUUAUAACUAAAUAAAUUUUUGGUGAUUAUUCCAUA